AUGCCUGCUCGAGUGGAUGUGAGAGAGCUCGAGCCUCGAGAGGAAGGCGUCAGGAGGAGAGCAGAGCCGCCCUGGGGUCUCUUCCUGUCGGUCUCUUCCUGGGGUCUCUUCCUGUCGGUCUCUUCCUGGGGUCUCUUCCUCACGAACACGUUUCACCCAGGUGGCUUUUGUAAGAUGGCGUCUGAGUCUGCGCAGUUCCGGAAGAAGAGGACGACCGAUGGAGUUAUCGACGACAAGGACGGAUUUGAUGUGGCAUCAGGACACUCCGUGUGUUCCUAUAGGCAGAAGCCAGGAUGCCAUCUUAAAAUAUUAUGCAGAGAAGUGGGAUCCUUCAGGGGUCGGUUCAUGGCCUCUUCGAAGACUCGUCAAGGUAUGGUGAUCCUGAAGGAAGGGGCGACUGCCCCUGCAGCAGCUCCAACGGCUGAUCAUUCACCUGCAUCCCUUGUGGCUGUAAGACCAGGAAAGGUGCAAAACAGUGGGACUGUCCAGGGCAUCUGUGUGUCAACUAGUGAAACAAAUAUUAGUGGGAAACACAAGAUGCACCCAGCCAAGGAGGCCAUCAUGAAGAUGGGUGAACUCAGGCAUCCCACCUGUAUACACUCUCCUUCUGAUGUCCUGUCACCUGACUGCAUCUGUAAAGAUGUCAAAGUGACACUAGACAACAACGGCAUGUGGAAUGAGUUCUAUAAAUGUAGAACAGAAAUGAUUCUGACCAAGCAAGGCAGCAGAAUGUUCCCUUACUGCCGCUUCCGCAUCACUGGCUUGCAGUCAUCAAGGAAGUACUCUCUGGUCAUGGGCGUUGAGCCUUUAGACAAUAGUCAGUAUAGGUGGACAGGUGAGAGCUGGCAAGUUUGCCGAAAAGCAGAGCGUCACGUGAGGAGUAAGCCUUUCAUUCAUCCAGACUCCCCAGCAACAGGUCAGCACUGGAUGCAGAGUCCAGUGUCCUUUUACAGACUGAAACUCACAAACAACACCUCAGACCAGGAGGGGAACAUUAUCCUGCAUCUGAUGCACCGCUAUUUACCGCAACUUCAUGUGGUCCAGGCAGACAAAGCCAUCGAAGACUUUAGACUGAACGGUCCCAAUGUUCUCACUUUCACUUUCCCCCAGACUGAGUUUAUAACAGUGACUGCAUACCAAAACCCCCAGUUUACCCAGCUGAAGGUGAACUACAACCCGUUCGUUAAAAAACUGAAGGAGGACCGGGUCAAUACAUGUGGCUUAAGACUCAAAGGAAACGAGGGCAAAGAUUGGAACAGUUACGAAGGUAAGACGAACACUGAGCAGCAUCCCGUGAAGAAGAGCUUAAAGAUUUUGCUAGCAAACCACAAACCCAGAAAUUCAAAAGCAUUGGACGUGAAACUAUCGCCGCCUAAAGAGCCUCAGGAAACGAGCAGCAGCCAGCCAGCCGCCACCACUCCAGUGGAAAGUCCCAGCAGCAGUUCACGUCCAGUUCCGAAGUUAAUUUCUGAGCUAAUUUGCGAGGCUCAUGUCUCACUGCAGAGAUGUCACAAAGAGCAACGUGGCACCAACCACAGCAACUCCUCCAGAGCAGCACAAGUCAACACUACAUCCACAGCUUUGACAGACAGACUGACUAAACAGAAUAUUGUUCACAAGAACAAUGGAUCUGUCACUACAUUCACCAGGAAAAGUUCAACUGUUGAAACAACCAGAAACAUCAAAGACAGCGAACAUCUGUCUAACUCCAUUGCCGAUGCCAGAACAGUCUGCUCCUCUGCUGCUCCUAAAGAAGAGGAGAUUUCCUUGAACAAGUCACACCAACAAUGUAACGUAGGUGCUGAGUCGGAUGGUGUGAAGCAACAGAAACGACCAGCUCGACUUCCCCUACCAGCACUUGCACUUUUUUUAAAGCAACAUUCAACAAAAUCCAAGAAGGGAAAGAACACACCGGAGUCUGCUCCUCAAGCACCUCUGCCUGAGUCCUGUGGUUCUCUGAGUCCUGCCACAGCGCCUCAACAGGACACCAGCAUCAAGCCCAUCAUGGAGGACUCUGGAGGAAACGAUCUUCUGCCAGAUGAAAAGCUUUUAAAUGUUACAGAACAAGCAGCUGGAACGAAUCCCUCCAGCCCAUCCGGUCCAGACCUUUUCACUGCUUCAGAUGCAGCAGUUCCAGAUCCAAAAGCUAAAGAUCCCUUCAUCACAAUUUCUGAAUGUUUAAGCUCAAAGUCGACAGCCCCUGACCAUAAAGCGUUGAUAUCCAACUCUGAGAAUACAUUCGACUCGCUAGAGAUGUCUGCACUCACCCUCUCCACAUCGUCUACCUCUGGAUCACCCGAUUUGUCCUUGCAUCUCAGUACGGCGUUGUCUCUCCCGGACUCCCCCAAAGCAGCAGCAGAGUCCUCCUCAUUACCUUCAGGCUCCCGCUCCUUGAAGAUCGACUCUCUGCUUCCGGACCCUCAGUGUUCCUCGUUCGACUUUGACCCUUUGUCACCAGCGAGCUCCCCAGAACCUUUACCUCCUCUUCCAGCCUCCUUAGCUUUAGAACUUGACUCUGCAACAUCUGCUGCAGUGAGUACUCCGGACCCCCAACACUGCAGAAACUCAUCAGUCUUUAAAUGGCACACAGUGUUACCUCUGUCUGGGACAUAUGCAAACUCGUCUUUCACAACAUUACAGCCCCAGCAGCAGUCGACUCCUGUAAUGUCGGUCACUUUGCCAUUGUUGUCCUGCCUUCCUGAGCCACAGAGUGUUAUAUCUUCGACGCAGACCACUCCAAAAGACUCCAUUCCAUCAUUUCAAGACAGUGAACAGUCUCUGCCUUUCCCUGCAGAGCUGUCCCCCCUCGCUCUCCAGCUCCCGCUGUCUCCAACCUUCUCUUCACUGGACGAAGACGCCUUGUCGCCCACAACUUCCCUUUCAGAGCUUGUGCACUUUUUCUCCACUGACGACGACAUUGGGGUGGAGUUUUCCAACACGGACACGGCGGCCGUCGCCAGCCAACCUUUGCCAGUUUCGGAACCGGCGCGGCCCUCGGUGCCGGCCCUGCCUGUCUCAAGCAGCAAGCCCUGCAAGAAAAAGAAGUCAACGAAGCUGGCCAGGUUGGAGGUGGCUCAGGCUGGGAAUGAGUACAGGAGUAAACAGCCCAAAGUUGAAGAGGUUGAGGAACAGCUUUUUGUCUCUUUCACAUCAAAGGAGGCCCUAAAACUUCACACUGCUGAGUCAUCUGAAGAGCUGCUCCCUGACCCUCAGCUGACCCCCGGCCCCAAACCCGAUGAAGAGGCGGACGACAGCAGCAGCAAGGAGAGUCUGGAGGAGACAAUCACGGUUCAUGAGGAGACUCUUCUUCGAGACUUGAAGCGUAUGAAGCACAGGCAGGUCAUUCACCCUGUGCUGCAGGAAGUUGGUCUUAAGAUGACACUCCUGGAUCCGGCGCUGUCCAUUGACCUCCAGUACCUGGGAGUCUCUCUUCCCAUCCCCCUUUCUGGAGUCGUUAUGGAGCCACUGACCCAAACGACCCCAACGUGUCAGGGGGUUUUUGCUUCAUUUCAGUCCAGAACUGGAAAAACUACAGAUUUGACCCAGAUUAAAGGCUGGAAAGAGAAGUUUAUCCCGUCAGAGGCCGAAUCAACCUCUGCUCCAAGAUCUGAAGCUGGUCCCAGUGCCGACCUGCCAAAGAAGAACCUGUCUGCGUUCUGCAGCGACAUGCUGGACGAGUAUCUGGAGUCAGAGGGGAAGCUGAUCGAUGAGCGCGCUUCCAGUUUCUCCCAGCCGCCAGUGGAGGCGCCGUCCUACCGGCUCCCUGUGAGCAGCACCAGCUACGUCCGGACUCUGGACCACAUCUUGAAGAAGCCCUCAGCCGGCUCGCCAGCCUCGGACAUCAUAUCUGGGUUCAUCCCGCCGUCGAAGAGAUCGCGACUCAAAGAGAGUGCAGCCUGCCGGAGGGCAGAGAGGAAACCCAGAGGUCCCAAACCAAACAGAAUCAAAGCUGCUUUGGACUUUCCAGUACCUGUGGAGUUGCAGAACUCUGUGCCUGGUUCUCUCACCACAGAACCUCUGAACGGGCCAACAUUUACAAAGAGGAGGAGGCUGAAACCCAGAGCGUCCUCUCAGACCCUCAGUGUGUCCACGCCGCUCAAUGUGUCUGAGGAGAUGGCUCCGCUGGAGUCCGACUCUGAGCUCAAACCAGACUCAGCGAGGAAGCAGCCAUCCGAUCACUCUGUGGAUGGCCAGAGAAAGGAGAGCAGAGUCACGGUGACUCGGGCCUACGCCAGAAUCAAGGAGCUGGAGGACAGCGUGGUCCUGGAGGGCCGCUUCCCAACCAGCAUCACCACAGAGAGGGCCAGCGUCGCUCUGAUGUCCCUCUUCACUCAAACUGGUUUUGUGAGAGAAAACCCGACGGCACCAAUCAAGCUAAGGCAGAGACAAGCUCUGAACUGUCUGAACGAGUUCUGCAGGCUGGGGUGCGUCUGCUCCAGUUUGUCUCACUGUUCCAGGAUCAGCCACUGCGGCCGGCCGCUCUGCAUGUUCGGCUGCAGCUGCCUUAAGCAGAAGGUGGUUCUGCUCAAGAACCUGGACAGCUCUGACUACAGCCCCUCCUCCCUGCAAUGCAAACUCAAGAAGAAGAGGAGAAGGAUGAUGAAGAUGGCCUAUGUCCUGAAAGAGGCCGAGACCGUGACCCACCCUGCGGAGCGGGUCCGGACCCUGUGGAGGAAGAACGCUGACGCCUCUGAUCCAGAGCCAGUCCAUGUGCCGGAUAUGGCCACCUUUCUUCAGCCACCUUCUGUCCAGGUGAGAAGAAAAUAUCGCAGCAGCUGUGCCAGAGUUCGAGGUUUCAUCAGGAAGACGCAGAAGGAGGAAGAAUCCAAAAAGCUGAUUUCAUCCAGGCAUAAAGAUGCAGGACUGAAAGUCCACAAACAUGGAGAACAAACCCCUACACAAACUAAUGUUAGCACAGCCAGACCUCCUUCUGCAGAUGCAGGCGAAUCACCCAGCGCUAGCCCUCCGAAUUCCUCAGAAGCCCUCUGUUCUACACCGUCGAAACGCCUCAUGAUCCUGGCCGACUGCAAGUGGGUGAGCGAUAGCGACCGCAGCUACGUGUUGAAGAAGCUGUGUGAGGCGAUGGCUCAGGAUCAACUGGACAGACCUUUCUGGAUCAAAAACUAUCUCAUCACUCCGAUCGACGAGACAGUGGAUGAAACUAGCGGAAACAGGUGCAUCGAGUAUAAGGUCCAGAUCUCCACACCCAUUCUGGACAGAAAAAAGGCACCAGCCAAAAAACCAGUGACUCAUGGAAGGAAACGAGGCUUCAAAUCAGCAGCUCAACACAGACAGGAGAACCACUCUGAUUUGAUUCCAAACAAUGAGAAUCCUCCUAAAAGCUCAAAGAAUGUGAUGAAUCAGUCUUCCACAGACUCUGUGUCCGUAGAGUGUGUAGAAGACUGGCAGAAGGAGGUGAUGGAGGAGGAGCCCAUAGAGGAAUGGCAGAAGAAAGUGAUGAAGGAGGAGGAGCAAGAGCUCAUGGAGGACUGCCAGAUGGAGGUGAUGGUGAAGAAGGAGCUUAUGAAAAACAGGCAGAAGAAGUUAAAGGUGGAAGUGGAGGUCAUAGAAGACUUUCAGAAGGUGACACCUACGAAGAAUCCUCUAAAGGAGGUGGAGUCCAUAAAGGGGUUUCAAAAAGAGGUGGAGUCUACGAAGGACUUCCAAAAGAAGGCACAGUCUGUAAAGGACUUGCAAAAGAAGGCACAGUCUGUAAAGGACUUCCAAAAGAAGGUGGAGUCUAUAGAUGACUGCCAGAAAGAAGAAAGGGAAGAGUAUAUGGAGAAGGAUGGAGAAGGCUUCAGACGUCAUAAGGCUAGACAUGAGCUGAAAAGAAGCACAGAAGGGAUAAAUUCAGAUAAGAAGAGGAGGACUGGCAUGUCUCUGCCUUUAUUAGCGGGAGUAUCACCUUCUGGCUUUCUCUCAGCCAAUAAGAAAAAGCCAGGAGGAUCAGGAGACGUGAUACAGGUCAAUGGGAAGCAAUACCCUUUAGCAAAGAUCAAGUUGGGCAGGAUGGGGGCGCUUCAUCCAGCCAAUCGCCUGGCAGCUUAUCUAACAGGAAGAGUGGGGUCUACGAAGCAGCGACAGUCUUCUUCAUCGUCCGAGUCGUCUUGCAAUCUUCAGAGUUUCCCCCACGUCACCUCUUCAUCUCACUGUGUCCCACCUGCUCCUGCAGCCUCCACUGUUGCCCCAGCCGUGGUCCAGUCACAGCCACCAGGAACUCAGCCUACUCUUCCCACGCCUCUUCCCACCCCUUCUGCAGACUCUGAACCACAGAACUUGGUUGUUGGACCUCCAAACCCACCUCAGAACUCAACCCCUCCUCAGCCACUGCUGAUUCAGGUUCCAAAUCCUCCUAAUGUGGCUGCUCCUUUGCUCCCGCCCCGGAUCACUCAGUUCCCAGUUCAAAAGAUGGUCCUGAAGCCCGUGCGGUCAUCAGCGGGUGUCCAGUAUUACCGAAAACCUGACGGCGCCUUGGUCCAGCUGAUUCCCACCAGCCAGCUGAGGCCUGGUAAUCCAUCAGCAACCGUUCAUGGAGGAAACUCUGAGGAACAAAACUUGGUUGUUGGACCUCCAAACCCACCUCAGAGUGCGACAACACCUCCGGACCCCCAGCCGCUGCUGAUUCAGCUUCCAAAUCCUCCUAAAGUGGUUAAUUUGCUCCAGCCCCGGAUCACUCAGUUCCCAGGCCAAAGGAUGGUUCUGAAGCCAGUCCGGUCAUCAGCGGGUGUCCAGUAUUACCGAAAACCUGACGGAGCCUUGGUCCAGCUGAUUACCUCUAGCCUUCCGAGGCCUGGCACUCCAUCAGCAACCGUACAUGGAGGAGGCCGUUCUGCUUCCUGCGCCCAGCUGCCUCCUGUAGCCGCGGUGAAGAGGCCAGCUCUGACCAACCUGUCUUCUUCAUCUUCUGUGGUUUUACCUUCACCGUCUCCACAAGCUUCGUCUUCCUCCUCCAACCCCCCUCUGCCACCAUCCGUUUUUCUGUCCCCGCAGAACACCUGCACGUUUAGAAUCGUCCCCCCGCACCCGGUCAAGGACCCCAUCUUUAUCCAACUCCCUCUCCUGCCCCCCACCCAAACGGUGGGAUCAGAACCUGGCCUCCUACGACUCCAGGGCCCCAGCCAAUCUGUGAACUACACCCCCUCGAAUCCCGUCGUGUGUGAAAAAAACGACACUCCACUCGACCGCCACGGCGAUUCGCCACAAACCCUGCCGACCGUCCAGACGGCCUCUCACAGGGGGCCUUCACCUCCGGCGCGGUCCCCCCCGCCCGAGCCCUCUCCGGACUGUCAGGGCACUAAGGAGGAGUUUGCCUUUGACCCCAUGGACCUGAAUGUCGUGUUUGUGGACGAAGUGGUGGACUUGGUGUCCAGCAGCGAGACGGAUAACUCGUCCGACUUCAGCGAGUGUGACAGCGAGGACGAGAAGAAACAGAAUUCAAAGUGCUCUAAAGAAGACCCGGAGAAGAAGAUAAAACAGCUGAGGAGUUGUGAUGGAAACCAGUCAGUUCUGCCUCCAUCAGCAGCGGGUCAGGCUGCAGCUGCCAGGACGGAGGUCCAGGGUCUGAUCUACAUCUCAUCUGAGGAGGAAACCCCCAAGAGCAAAACCGUAACUAAUGGCACUGCAGCUGCAGCUGCAGAGCUGACAGGUGAUGGCCAGCUGGGAACCAGUCUGCAGGCGGCUUGGAGCGGUAGUUUGGGAAACCUGGAGGGGAACAGUGGAUGUGGAACAGCUCAGCAGCAAAAAGAGAUGAGCAAUAAUUCAGGCUUGGAAAUUGAAGUGGACUCCAGAAAUUCUCAAAGGACCCAGACUAAGGUUCAGCAGCACGAAUCCAAUGCAAGUUGCAGAAAGCAUCGAGCCCAGAUGAAGCAGAUGUUCCUCCAGUUGAAGAGGGAAGUGCUGCCAGCCGAUGACAGCAUGUCCAGAACCUCCUUGUUGGAAAAGGCUGUGCAGCUGAUCCAGGAGCUGAGGUGCUGUGAGGAAGACCUGAAGAGGCAGAAAAGCAGCCUGGAGCAGAGACGGGAGGAGUUCCUGUCCAUUCUGGCUCCGUCAGGUGAUGGCCAGAUGGGAAGCGGUCAGCAGGAGGCUUGGAGCGGUAGUUUGGAAAACCUGGAGGAGAACAGUGGAUGUGGAGCAGCUCAGCAGCAGAUAGAAAUGACUAUUAAUUCAGACUUGGAAGCUGAAGUGGACUCUCCAAUCUCUCCAGGAUCCAAGCAGAUUGGUCAGGCUCCUCAGGAGGUCCAGAAGCUUCUGACAGAAGCAGAGAGCCUGUGGUCCAAUCGGAGCAUGAAGAAGGAAGAUAUUCAAGAUGCACACACUGAGGACCUCUGCGGCACACCAGAGACGGAGACGCUGCAGCACCUGCUGACCAAUCAAAAGCAGCCAGAGAUGGAGGGGAGGCAACACACAGCCAAUGACGUCCCAGCGGAGGGCGCUCUCUGUGUAACCGUUCCUACAGGAGACAUUGGCCCCCUGCAGGUCCCGCCCCCUGCCGUCCAGCUGCAACCUCUCCGUCAGCCCGUCCUGCAUGUGUCCGCGGGCGCGCCUGCUCCUCCAGACACAAAACGGAUAAAGACCGUUCCAAACAUCCUGUCUCGCAGCAGGAACCGAGAGCUGCCUCAGAAAACGUCAGCUGUGAAGGCACCACCCAGGGACAAAGUGCUGUUUACCGCUCCUCCAGGAAGUACACUGCACCGAACUCGAGAGCUUCAGCCACUGCUGGCUGCAGCUCCACCUGCAUUUCUGCUGAUGUCUGCUGAACCCAGCCAGAUGGGAGUCUCCCUCCCGGGGAUGGCCCCGCCUCCUCAGGCGCUGGUUCUGCCCCCUCAGGGUGCAGCUCCACCCCCUCGUGCUCCGGUCCCGCCCCCUGGUCUUGCUUACCCUCCCUUAGACGUCAGACAGUCUGAUCCUGCUGGACAGACAGCCCGACAGGAAUCGGACAACGAGAGCCUGUCGUCCCUCCUUAACGAAAUAGUUUUUCUUAACCAGCAGACAGUUGCCACGGCUACAACAGCGGUUAUUGAUCCGCCAGUUGCGGGCGGAUCCGAGGAACAGAAGCGUACCUCCGAGCAUCCAGGGCCAAUUUUGGGGAAUGCUAACGAAGGUGUCCUGGCCCCGCCCCCUCUGCUGCACAUGAAGGUGGGAGGAGGCAAAGAGGCGGGACUAGGCAGUAAUAAUGGAGCAACAGUGGGAGGGGCCGGGGGCGUGGCCUGGAGACCCAUGCCAAGGCUGGUUCCUCUGGGGUUGAGAGGAAACUCCCCCAGCUGACUUUACGUCACCCUGGCAACAACCAGGAAUGACUAGGAACGGGUUUUCUUUCUGCUCCCGAAUCAGACGGAUUUAUUCAACACAGCUCUGAUUUUUCUGUUUGCGCUUUCACAACUGCCGAGUUCUGUGAUAAAGCUGCAACUUCUCUGCUUUAGACUUUGCGGACUGAGAUGACGUCAGCCGCCCUGGAGCAGAGCAGAGAGGAGCCGAUCCGCUGAUAUUGGUUUUCAUCCUUUGAUAGACAGAGAAAUCCAGAUGAACUAUUCAACAAGCUUUUGUCGUGCAGAUAUUGCCACCCAAGAAAGUCUCAGCAUAACCAGCCACGGCCUUCGUUAGCAGAAUGACAGGUGAAGGUGGUGAAGGAAGAAGAUGGAGGCUUCAAAAUCAGACAGCAGAGACCUGGACUGAUUCACAGUCACUGGACUGCAGACUCUCAUUUAAAAGAAAACUCAAACCAAGUUAUUACCAACUUCCACUCCAUAGUUAUCAUAUCUGAGAGAAUAUAAGUUAAUUUCCAAUGAAGAAUAUUUUUUUUUUUUUUUAAAUUUGGCACGAUAAAGUUUGGUGUAAAAUAAUAAAACUUCCACUUUCUCCUAAAUAUUGUUUGCUGCUAAAGUUUCGACUUCUACUUCCAGUCAGAGAUUUGUUGACAUGCAGUAUUGACUUGCUCCACGCUGACCGACUCUUCAUGUCGAGCUUCUCCUGAAACCGCCUGGGAUGAUUCUGGCGAACGUCUCCGGAGUAAAACGGUUCAGAUUUGGUUUCUUUGUUUGGAAGUGUAAAUAAGUGCAAAUUGUUGUUCUUUAAGAGUUCUGCCUUGUGUCGCCUAAGUUUGGAAUUUAUUUUUAUUUGUGGUAAAAACUUUUGAAGUAGAUGAUGUUUCUUGUUUAACACUUUAAUAUUAAUAAAGAUUUUUUUUUAAA